CACUGCUUCGCAAUUUACUACAGCAAAGAAGGUGUUCGACAAUACGACCUGAGAGCCGACACGGAAGAAGAGUGCCGGCUGUGGGUCGAUGCAAUCAACAACGCUAGUCCAAAGCUGUCUUAUUGUUUCGCACCAAACAGUUUUGGCAAAAUGCUCGAGCAGAAACAAGAAGCCGAGCAGAAACAACUCCAUCUGCUGCAGAUUUUGGAGACGGAACGUCGGGCGAAGUGGCACUACGUGAAACAGAUAGAGGACCUUACCGCUGAGGUGAAGAAACUCAAAUCAGAGAUUUUGGAGACGGAACGUCGGGCGAAGUGGCACUACGUGAAACAGAUAGAGGACCUUACCGCUGAGGUGAAGAAACUCAAAUCAGAGGUGAGUUCAGGUUUGCCCCAAUGGCUUGUGUAUGACAGUUUUGCGGACAACAUGACCACAUGUCAUGGUGAGCUUGAAAUGACUCAGCUGUUAACGCGCAUAUCCAUCGAUCAAAAGGUCAUAGUUUUAACCUAA